AGUAUAUUUUUAAAUGUCUAUGAUUUGUCAGAUUUGUCAUCACAACACAUAACCUGUAUAUUAAAAAAUGUCAAACUUGUCACAAUAAUUACAUUAAAAGAUUCAUGUAUUAUUAUUAAACAUACUUAGAAUUUGGGAAUUGGAGAGUGAAUUUUAUGUAAUAAUAAUUGCUUUAAUUACUUUAAGAUUUUAAUUACUAAUAUGGAUAAAGAAAAGUUAUGUGCUGCUCGCAAAAAGUUAAAGCAGUAUCAAACUUUUAAGAAAGAUAUUGGAGGUAAACAUAAAGAUACAGAAAACACAAACAAUGAACAUGCAAGGAUAACUAAUCGACCAAGAGAAAAUAAUCCUUUGAAGUAUAAUACUAUUAAUUUGGAAAUGGAGAACAAUGCAAAUAGUAAUUUUUCGCCUGAGAAAGAUGAGUUAAAUAAAAACUCAAGUGAAUUUACUUCUGUAAAUACAAAUUACAUUGAAAAAUGUUCAAAUACAACCGAACAGAGCAACAGCAAUUCUUCUACAAUAAAUGUAAUUCGUGACGAAAACAUUAUAAAUGACUUACAGUCGUUUCAAUGUGCAGUGAAUAAAGAAAGUGCACCAGUAACUCAAAGCAAUAAUUGUGAAUUUAUUGAAUCAGAAGAUAUUAACAGUUCCAAUGCUACUUCCAAACAAUCUGAUUUUGAGGAUAGAAAUUUCAGCUCCAACUUAUCUGAUUCUUCGGUUCUGCAAAAAGAAAAUCUAUUACAAAUGGCUUCUUCAGUUGCUCAGGUAUUAAUUAAUGACCAAGACUUGAGUAAAACAUCUGAAGUGAACAACUUAACAGAUAAAAAUCAGUUCCUAACUAAUUGUCUUCAGGAACAAGCUAAUCUUAUUAGUGAACUUCAUGGGCAAGUUAGUCGAUAUAGUAGCAGAAUCUCGGAAAUGGAAGCAAUUAUAGCUGCGAAUGAAGCAAAUUAUGCAAGCAGAAUUAUGCAAGAAGUUAAUCCCUUAAAGCAUCAAAUUGAACUUCAUACACACACUACUGGACUUUUGGUAGCUGAGAAAGCUGAAUUGAAGGCAACAGUCGAUAAGUGCUACGAAACAAUUAAGGAAAAAAAGGAUAUAAUUGAAGAUCUUAGUAAAAAGUUAAAGUCUAGUCAGCUUGAACUGACUGUUCACGAAAAGGAAUCUACUUCCUACAAGAAUAAUAAUGAAGAAAGAAAUAAAGCUUAUAAUCUCAUGCAACAAAGUUAUGAAAAGUUAAUGGAUGAAUGUUUAAAUUUAAGGAAAGAUAAGGAAAGUUUAGAGUUAGAAUGUUCUGAAUUAAAGCAGAAAUUAAAUUUAAGCAAUACGAAUUUAUCAACUAUUAAUCAGGAAUUGCAGGAAAAAAAUGCAAUGCUUGCUUUAAAUGAAAUAAAAAUUCGCCAGUUAAUAACUACUUCGGAUCAAGUUCAAAGUUUAGAAAAUGAUCGCCAAACAGUUGCAGUAUAUGAACAACAAUUGGCACAAUUAAAAGUUACAUUGACUGCACUCAAUAAUGAAAAGGAUGAAGCUAAUAAACAAUAUAAAAGUUACUUAGAGCAGGCAGAGGAGCGUCUAAAAUUUGUCAAAUCACAGUUAAUCGAAAGCAAUAACAAUAUUCAAGAAUUUGAAAUCAGAGAAAAAGAUUAUGUUAGAAAAAUAAGGGAAAUGGAAGAACAAUUGCAUCAUGAAAAAGAACGAGUAGAAUGUUUUAAACCGCAAUUGGAACAUAAAGUAGAAUUACUAACAAAAAACAUUGAUAAUUUGGUUAUAGAACAAGAAUCUCUGCAACUGUCAUUAAAUCAAAAGGAUAGUGAAAUUGAAAUGUUAAAUAAAGAGUUACAAGAACUGCAUAAUAUAAAGAAGUACGCCAUGGAUGCAUCAGCACUGGCUACAGCUUUAGAAAGUGAACAAUUAGGUGCUUCUAGAGCAAUACAUCAAAAUCAACAACUAAAACAUCAGAUUGAUGAAAUGCAUGACGCAUUCGUUUUAUUGAGCAAUAAUAAAUUGGAUCUAACCGAGCAACUUCAGUCUGAGCGCAAUCUGUGUAAACAGUUAAAUAUAAAAGUAAGUGAAUAUGAAGCAACAUGUCAAGAAUUAAAAAGUCAAUUAAAUGAGAAAAACGCUGCUCUGACUGAUGUUGAAAAAGGAAAUUUCCUGAAUGAGGAUCUUCGAUUUAAAAUGCCAAUAUCUUCUGAAUCAAAUCAAUCAGAAGUUCUAGAAUUUCAAAAUGCUAAGAGUUUAAUUGAAAUUUUGCAAAAGGAAAACAAUCAAUUAAAGGAAGAAUUAAAUUUACAAAGUAAAAAAUUGACAACAGAACAGAUGGAAAAUAUUGAAACUAUUUCAAACCAUAAAACUACUUUUCACAAUGAAAGUGCCUUGAAUAGCUCUGUGAUUUCUGAAACCGAUUUACAUGAAACUGAAAAGUGUAUGAUGACAGAAUUUAUUACAAAGUUGGAAAGCAGAUUUAAAGAAACUAUGGACAAAAAUGCCGAACUUAUAGAUGAAAAGCAAAAAUUAGAACAUUUGGUUCUGCAAUUACAAGAAGAAACAGAGACAAUAGGUGAAUAUAUCGCCCUUUAUCAGAAACAGCGAUCUGUACUACAGGGAAAGGCUCAAGAAAGGGAAUUAACUUUCAGACAAAUUGCACAACAACGGGAUUACCAACAGGAGCAAAUUCAAAAAUUGAAAUUUUUAAUUUCUAAGUUGUUAAAGACAAAACAAAAUGCAAUUGAAAAUUCCCUUGAAGCAACAGAAAAUAUGCAAAUAUGUUCAGAAACUAAAGAAUACUUGGAAAACGAUAGUUGCAACUGUAAUCCUGCAGAAAGUAUUCUCCCAGAUGCAGUAGAGAGUGAUAUUCAAUUAAAGAAUGAAGAUAAAUUAUCAACUAAAGAUUUAUUAUCUGAAACUAGAGAUUGCAGCGGAGUUUGCAACCUUGAACCUAAUAUUCAUCCAUGUUCUUUGUGUUCUGGAAAGUUAAUUACAAUAUAAGUGGUGACAAUUAACAUGUUUUUUAUUACAGAUAGAAAGAUAGUUAAUCCCUAUAAAUAAAAAAGUUGUCCAAUAUGAGCGAAAUGUAUUAAAGGAUCUCUUAUUAUUAGAUUCGCCAUUUAUUUUUUUAUAAAUAUUAAAAAAGGAUGUAAAAAUAUAACAAAACUUGUAAGAAAGUUUAAAUUUAAAUAUUAAAUACUUUUAAACACUA